AUGAUUGAACCCAUUGGGAACCAGUACAUCGUGUCCAGGCCAGUGUAUUCUGCAAAUGCCUUUGAGGAAGAUCAUAAAAAGAAAUACAGACAUCACAAGACAUUUCUGGAUCAUCUCAAAACGUGUUGUAGCUGUUCCACAAAAAAGGCCAAGAGAAUUGCCCUUUCUUUGUUCCCGAUAGCAUCUUGGUUACCAUCAUACCAGGUGAAAGAAUGGCUACUUAGUGAUAUUGUUUCUGGAAUCAGCACUGGACUAGUGGCUGUACUACAAGGUUUGGCAUAUGCCCUGCUGGUCAACAUCCCUCCAAGCUAUGGACUGUAUGCAGCUUUUUUCCCAAUUAUAGUCUAUUUUUUCUUGGGCACUUCUAGACAUAUAUCUGUAGGUCCAUUUCCAGUUCUGAGUAUGAUGGUAGGAGCUGUAGUGAUGAGAUUAGUCCCAGAAGAGAAUAUGAAUGCUCUGAACUCUAAUAGCUCAAUGAGCAAUAAUUCAUCACUAGAUGAGCAGAGGGUGAUGGUGGCUGCAUCAGUCACAGUCCUUUCUGGAAUCAUGCAGUUGCUCAUGGGGUGUCUGCAGAUUGGAUUUGUGUCAGUCUAUUUAUCGGAGUCCUUAAUCAGUGGUUUCACCACUGCUGCCGCUAUCCAUGUUCUAGUUUCCCAGCUCAAAUUUAUGUUGCAGCUGACAGUCCCGGCACAUACGGAUCCAUUUUCACUCUUUAAAGUACUAAUUUCCAUAUUCACACAAAUAGAGAAGACUAAUAUCGCAGACCUUGUGACAUCCUUGAUUAUCCUGAUAAUUGUAUUUGUGGUUAAAGAAAUCAAUCAGCGCUACAAAGCCAAACUUCCAGUGCCCAUCCCAAUUGAACUCUUCAUGACUGUAAUUGCAACAGGUGUAUCCUAUGGCUUUGACUUCCAAAACAGGUUUAAAGUGGCUGUGGUUGGGGAGAUGCCAAGUGGAUUUAAGGCUCCUGUCCCACCCAACAUACAAUAUUUCCAAGAAACUAUUGGAGAUAGCUUCACCAUUGCAAUUGUUGGCUUCGCCGUGGCCUUUUCAGUUGCCAGCGUCUAUUCCCUAAAAUAUGAUUAUCCCAUUGAUGGAAAUCAGGAAUUAAUAGCCUUUGGAGUGAGUAAUGUGUUCACUGGAUCCUUCCAAGGAUUUGCUGCCAGCACUGCCCUCUCCAGAUCAGGAGUUCAGGAAAGCACAGGAGGCAAAACACAGAUUGCGGGAAUUCUCUCUGCUAUCAUUGUGCUGAUUGUCAUUGUGGCCAUUGGAUUCCUUCUAGAGCCACUGCAAAAGUCUGUCUUGGCAGCUUUAGCACUUGGAAACCUAAAGGGAAUGCUGAUGCAGUUCACUGAAGUACGAAGAUUAUGGCGAAAGGAUAAGUAUGAUUGUCUAAUUUGGAUCGUGAGUUUCAUCUUCGCCACCGUCCUGGGACUCGGCUUAGGCCUGGCAGCUAGUGUGGCAUUUCAGCUCCUCACCAUCAUAUUCAGGACCCAAUUCCCAAAAUGCAGCACCCUGGCUAACAUUGGGAGGAGCAAUAUCUAUAAGAACAAAAAGGAUUAUUUUGAUGUUUAUGAACCAGAAGGAGUCAAAAUUUUCAGAUGUCCAUCCCCAAUCUACUUUGCAAACAUUGCAUUUUUUAAGCAGAAACUUAUUGAUGCUGUUGGUUUUAAUCCACUUCGAAUUUUACGUAAGCGCAACAAAGCUUUAAAAAAAAUUCGAAAACUGCAGAAGAAAGGCCUGCUACAAGUGACACCAAAAGGCUUUAUAUGUACCAUGGAUGGCUUUAAAGAUUCUGAUGAAGAGCUGGAUAACAACCAAAUAGAAGAACUGGAUCAACCGAUCAAUACCACAGACCUGCCAUUCCAGAUAGACUGGAAUGCUGAUCUUCCUCUCAAUAUUGAGGUUCCUAAAAUCAGCCUGCAUAGCCUCAUUCUCGAUUUUUCUGCAGUAUCAUUUCUUGACGUCUCUUCAAUGAGGGGUCUCAAAUCGAUUUUGCAAGAAUUUAUCAGGAUCAAAGUAGAUGUGUAUAUUGUUGGAACUGAUGAUGAUUUCAUUGAAAAACUCACACGGUGUGAAUUUUUUGAUGAUGAAGUCAAGAGCUCAAUAUUUUUCCUAACAAUCCAUGAUGCUGUUUUGCAUAUUUGGAUGAAGAAGGAUUAUACUUCAAAAUUUAAUCCCAGUCAGGAAAAAGAAAAAAGUUUUGAAUUUAUCAUAAAUACAAAUGGAGGAUUACGUAAUCGGGAAUGUCAGGUAAAGUUCUUCUGCAGGUUUUUUAUUCAGACAAAAAAAAACCCCUUAAAAGCAAUGAGGUCUCUUCUGGCAUGCUGCAUACAGUUCAGCAAAACUGGGUCAAGAAGGAAUGAAGUAUGUGUGUGGGGGGGAAGUCAGGUGGUAGGGAAAUAUUCUCCAACCAGUAUCUUAGAGAGUUACAUAAAACUCAGACCAGUAGAAAGAAUGGGAACCAUGGUACUAUAUUUCUAUUAAUACUGAACACAGAGAAAAUAUUUAUAAAGCACAUACAACCAAGAGAUUCUAUUUGAUUUUUCUAACAAUCCAUGAAGCAGAAAAGUUAUUACUAUUUCCAUUUACAAACUAGUAUUGGCUCUAAGGAGCUAAUAUACAGUCCAUGGCUCCCAGGUAUGGGAAAACCCUCAGUACCUAGACCAACAAUAACAAUUAUGUCUUUUUCUUCUUUACUAGAGUUGCUAAGUCAUUAUUUAACUGGAUAAUUUCAUUUCGUUCAAGAACAUUUGUUUUUAUUCAGUCCUUUAAGGGAAUGUCUAGGAUGAGAAAAGCUAAAGCACAUAUCAAAAUGGGUAUCUGCUAUAUCAGGGGCCUGGUUGGUUGAUUCUCUCAGUUUGUAAAAUACACAAAGAAAUCUUUAUUUCACAACUGAGGAAACCAAAACAGGUCCAGAGAGCUUAGCUAAUUUGCUCAUGGUUACACACCAAGGUGACAGCAAUACAAUUUUAAUUAUAAUGUAUCUGAUAUUUAAGAGUGUACUCUAUAUGUAUACUAUGUUGGCUUUAUCCUUUGACGAAAGGCUAAUGAAACUGAGGAUCCAGAGAGAGUAUGGAAGGGCUAUAAUUAGUCCUCAAAUAAAUCCAUCAAGUAUGGAAGGUGGCUAGAUGCAUUUUUCUCCAUUGAAGAGAGGUCUAAGUAAAAGGAAUUUAGAUUAAAUAUAAAGGGAAAAUUGUACAACAUAUGAGAACGCUGCACCAUAUUCAAGAGCCAUAUCAAUACAAAAAGGCUAAAUGAAAAGAACUUCCUAGAAAGUAAAAAAGACCUGUGUUGAAAGCAGAGCCCGGAACACAAUGGUUCUGUUUCCCAGAGCAGAGGUAGAUUUCAAGUCCAGCAUCAAUGCCUGUACUCCCUAAUAAAGGAAAGACUCCCAAUCCAAUCUAAUAGUUGGAUUCAGCAUUGUCACAUUUCACAGUACAGGAACAUAAUUUGAAUAUGGUGCUUGAUCUAACUCUUUAGAACCAUUAUCUGAAUAUAAUGUAAUUAGUACCAUCUGGUGUGUCAGUCUCUCCAUAUUAAAAAAUCAUUUAACACUGGGUCCCUUGUAUUGCUAAGAACAUAAAUCAGCAGUUAGAAUAAGCCACCAGUGGUGACUCAGAUGGCAGUUGAGUAUGUCUAGCUAGCAAACAGGAUAAUUCAAGUUUGCGUGGCCUCUGAAACAAAUAUUAAUUUAAUGCUACAGCAUACUUUAUGCCACAUGUGUUUUAAGUUAAAUUAGGCCUUUGAAAGAUUUGCUACAAUAUGGCACGGCAGUUUUGUUAAGAAACAAGGGGAUGCAGUAUUUGAUCAUUAAGUCAAGAAUUUUAAAAAAUUAAAAUCUGGGACUGAAGAGAUAGUCCAAGGAUUAAGAAGGCACUUGUCCAGCGUUCAGUCAACCCUGGUUCAAUCCUAGUACCACAUACUGUUGCCUAGGGAGUCUUUCCUAAACAGAGAACCUGGAGUAAGCCCUGAAUACUGUUGGUGUGACCCCACCCUCACCCCAAAUCUGUUGAUGAAUCUGGUAAAUUCUAGCUCCUUAUUUAACUAGUUGCAAUUUAAAAUACAACAUCAUUGAAAGAGAACAAGUCUUUUAAACAUAAAAACUUUGUCUUCUUUCAGGUACCAACUGAAACGAAAUUCUAAUAAAAAUAUGAUUCAGAGCGGUCCUUGUCAAUCUGAUUGUCACAUGAAGAACAAAUUUAUAUCAGGAAAGUUAUUGCUAAGUUCAUACAUUGUAUGAAGAUUAUUUUUGGCAGAUUUAUGUUUCAGACUUUGGAACAAGAUUGUUCUAAUACUGUAUAUUUUUUGCAUAUCUAGUACAAAAUUGUGUAUACUCUCAAUUUUAUACCUGAUGGAUCUACCAAAAGAAAAAAUUUAUAUGUAUUUUUAUAGUACUUACAGAUUUCCAUCCAAGCCACUACCUUUGUGCAUGUUUUGUAGUGCAUCUACAUCUGCUUUAAAUUUCAUAAUUUAUAGUUCAUGCUAUACAUCUCCAUUAAAAGAUCAAACAUACAGUUGAACUUGUCCUUAAAAACAAGCUUAGUGAAACAAACUCAUUUGGGUCCCCUGUACAGUGAAUGAUAUGGCUGAAAACAUCAAACUAAUAGCCUGGGCAACAAGUCUUCUUUUCCAAGAUUUUAUGACUACUACUAUAAUCAUAAAAUCAUAUAACAGUAACAUUAUCUGUGUCUUUUGUUUUGGGGCCAUACCCAGCAGUGCUCGGGGCUUACUCUACACGUAGGGAUCACUCCUGAUGGUGCUCAGGGGACAAUAUGGACUGCAGGGGAAAAUGAACCCAACUCAACCACAUACAAGGAAAGUGUCCCAGCCACUGGACUAUCGUUCUGGCCCCAUCAAUCUUUUUAAAGCCCCCGAUUUUCUAUCCAGAUUUAGACAUACUUCUAAUGUCAUAUUUGUAACUGUGACUUUUUUUUUUCUUUUUGGGUCACACCCAGUGAUGCUCAGGAGUUACUCCUGGCUUUGCACUCAGGAAUUGCUCCUGGCAAUGCUUGGGGGACCAUAUGGGAUGCCGGGGAUCAAACCCGGGUCGGCCGCAUGCAAGGCAAACGCCUUACCUGCUGUGCUAUCACUCCGGCCCCUAACUGUGACUUUUGAGUCACAUCCUUACUUUUUUUACACCUCUAAAUAUGAGAAUAGUAUAAACUAAUGGAAAACACAAAAUAAAAAACCAGGAAGAUAAAAACUAAGCUAAUUCUACCUGGUCUUACUGGAAGGGAAAUAAAAAAAUGAAUGCUUCUGAUUUCACUGGCAUGACUUCAUGCAAUUUUAUGUUUAUGAAAUCAUUAGAAAUUGAACAGAAAAAGAUUCCAUGCUCUCUAUUAAACAUCAGACCCCAUUGCCAAUGUGAAUCAUUUUAGAACUCUCCUCUAAUACACGUCAAAGUGCCCACACAUACUUGACUAAUGUGUCUUUACUAAGAAGGCUUUGGACAUACAACCAGGUACAGGAAGGUAUAACAAAGGUCUAUAAGGCAUUCUUAAAUAAAAACUAGACUUUAACAUUAUUUUUUUAAUUCUUUUUAGCAAUGUUUCUUAACUUUUUGAUUCAGUCACUUUAUGAUACCCUGUGAAUUUGAAUUAAAGAGUUCUUCUGUAGAGGGAUGGGAGUCAAAACUAAAAUCGGUUUGGGAGUGAGGUAAAAAUCUUCAUAUAGAAUUGUCACUAAUGUCUGCAUCCACUAUAUAAAGGUGCACUCUAUAGUCUGUCAACCAAAAGAACAAGCUGGAACAAAUACUCCAAUUCUUGAGCCCCAUUACAAUCCAUUCAAAUUUACAUCUUGAGAGGUUCACAUAUCCUCAUUCCUGGAGAGGUUUCCUCUUAGACCAUAAAUUGGAUAUGCUUGGGAAGGGAAAUACAUGGGAAUGGGAAUCUAUCUGCCUCAGAGCAAAUACUAGAUACUGAGUGUUACAAGAAUCCAAACCUUGCGCUAGGCAGAGGCCAAACGACUGUGGUGUAAGAUAAAAAUAAAACUUUUAUAAACCAGAGCAAGACCAAAAAAAAAAGAGAUCAUAUGCAACAAUGCAACUAACAGACUACUGAAAUUAAGACAGACUGGAGCCAAUACUUGCAGAGAAAUUUGUCUUUAAAAUCAUCUUCUUAGGGCUGGAGCAACAGUACAGCAGUUAGGGUGAGCCUUUGGGGUUUGACCCCAAAGGAGUGAUCCGUAAGCACAGAGCGAGGAGUAAGCCCUGAGCAUCAUCAGGUGUGACCCCAAAACAAAAAAAUCAUCUUCUAAUUAUUAAGCAUUUGGUAUAUACCCUUGUCUAAAUACUGUAACCUAAUACUUAGAAAUUGCAAGGCUGAUCUUACACUGCGUAUACAAAACCAAAGGGGAAUAUUUUAUGCAUUUUCUUGCUAUCUUCAUUUGGUACCUCCAUAUCAAAACAGAUCUACUGAUACUCUAACCUGCUCGGCUAACACCACCUCAAGUAAUUACAAUAGAUUUCUCAGGUUGAAAAAUCUGUCUGGAAAUUCUACUGAUUCUACAUUUAAAUUUUAUCUAGAAUCAAUUGAGUUUAUUUAAAAACCUAAGGUUUAUACUGUAUUUAUUGCUAUUCUUAAAAAGUAAAUCGAGGAUCAAAGAGGAUAAGAAAUGAAUCAAAGUUAUACUGUUGCUGGUAGGAAAGCCAGAAUUUAGUCCAAGUAGGUCAACUACAGAGCUGGGCUCCUAUCCAUAGGAAACUUUACCAUCUGAAAGAAACAAAUCUGUAUCAAGUCUCAGCUAACUCAA